AUGUCUGACGCGAAGGGUGCGACGCCGUUCGUUUCGUGCUUCGGCAAAAAGAAAACCGCCACGGCUGUUGCUCACGCUAAGGAGGGCAAGGGUCAGAUCCGUCUUAAUGGUCAGCCCAUCUCGCUUGUCCAGCCAGAGACUCUUCGUCUGAAGGUGUUCGAGCCCGUCCUUGUGGUGGGUGCAGACAAGUUCGCGCCUGUUGACAUUCGUCUCCGCGUUUCUGGUGGUGGUCGCGUUUCGCAGAUUUACGCUAUUCGCCAGGCUAUUGCCAAGGCUCUCGUCGCUUACUACGCCAAGUACUUUGAUGCUGCUUCAGCCCUCGAGCUGCGUCAGCUCUUCAUCUCGUACGACCGUACACUUCUGAUCGCUGACCCCCGUCGCUGCGAGCCCAAGAAGUUCGGCGGACAAGGUGCUCGUGCACGCCGCCAAAAGUCGUACCGUUAA